UCUUCAUCCUCCCCAUCUCCACUGUCUUCAUCACACCCAACCUCCCCAUCAUUCCCAUCCCCACCAUCCCCAUCACCCCCACCUCCAUUGUCCCCAUCUUCCCCAUCAUCUCUUCAUCAUCUCCAUUGA